AUGGGUGUUUGUGACCGCGGCAUGCAGAUGCUGCUCACCACGGUCGGAGCUUUCGCUGCCUUCAGCCUGAUGACCAUUGCAGUGGGCACCGAUUACUGGCUGUAUUCGCGGGGAGUGUGCAGGACUAAGACCAACAGCGACAACGACACGGUGCGAAAAAACGAGGAAGUGAUGACCCACUCCGGACUUUGGAGGACUUGUUGUCUGGAAGGUACCUUCAAAGGAAUCUGCAAAAUAAUUGAUCAUUUUCCAGAGGAUGCAGACUAUGAGCAGGACACUGCUGAAUAUUUAUUGCGUGUCGUCAGAGCCUCCAGUAUAUUCCCGAUACUGAGUGUGGGAUUACUAUUUCUUGGAGGUGUCUGUGUUGCAGCUGGUGAAUUCUACAAGAGCAAGCACAAUGUUGUCCUCAGCUCUGGGAUUUUUUUUGUAGCAGCAGGUUUGAGCAACAUCAUUGGAAUCAUUGUCUACAUAUCAGCUAAUGCUGGAGAUCCUGGGCAAAGCGAUUCCAAAAAGAACAAUUACUCUUACGGAUGGUCCUUCUACUUCGGGGCCCUGUCGUUCAUCAUCGCUGAGACGGUCGGGGUGUUGGCUGUGCACAUGUAUAUCGACAAACACCGACAGCUCAGAGUCAAGUCACGCAGCGAAGUGCUGAAGAAGUCGACACUCGCGCGGAUCCCCAGCUACAGAUACCGAUUCCGGCGAAGGUCGAGUUCCCGAUCCACGGAGCCUCGGUCCAGGGAGCCGUCUCCGGCCAGGGCUAAAGCCUACAGUGUCCCACCGCCCGGAGAGAUCUCCAUGUACACACUGUCCAGGGAGCCUUCCAAAGCUGGGGGCACCGCGAAACCCCCGUCUGAGCGGGAGGCCAAGUUCCUGCAAGUUCGUAACUGCCUUUCCAAAGACUCAAAGGAAGCUACUCAGGCCAACCCGGCCAACAGGCGGACCACGCCAGUCUGAAGUCACGGUUUCGCUGCGAGCAGGUGGGCCGACAGCCCGAGGGACUCCCCGGGGACUGCUCUCCAGGCCGGGGCUCCCCAUAAGCCGCCCUCUAAGCUGGGGUUCUCCUGGGGCAGCCAGCUCGGGCCGGGGCUCCCCUGGGGCAGCCAGCUCGGGCAGGGGCUCCCCUGGCACAGCCAGCUCGGGCCGGGGCUCCCCUGGAACAGCCAGCUCGGGCCGGGGCUCCCCCUCGAUCUGGAAGAGGAGGCUAAUAAUUCACUGCCGGAGAUGAGAACAUUGUCCCCACCCUCAGCCCGGGAAGUGUUUCAUGUUAGAACUCAAGACAUUUUCCGUUCAAGACCAAGAUCUUUCUUUGAUCACCCUGGAACCCACCGAUAAAACUGCUCCAACUUUUCUCAACCUUCUCUGCAUGUGUCUUCGGGAUUCUCUGUGUCACUGACAGUUCUUCAAUGAUGACAAAGACUACCUUUUUUAUAUAUCAAUGAAGCAGCAUUGGUCUAAUUCCUAGCAUUUUAAUGCCUUCGUAUUUUAACAUU